AUACCGGUUCCGAGCGCUCCGCGUUCCAGCGGCGGCGACUAACCCGUGCACCGCGGCGCGCGUUCGUCCACCGGUUUGAUACAGUCGACGAACGAACCGCUAGUAACGGCGACUGCAUCGAUUGGGUGCGGACUAUCGCCAUCCGAUACGUGUUACACGCGAAGUAACGACGACAAUAAAAUAUUACGAUUCCAGAUCGACGGUGACACACGAUAUUUCACCCAGGCAUUGCUGACGAACUGAUCCGAUCUUUGUGUAAUAACGUAUAAAGGACGACGAUAUGGCCAUAUUCCCGAUGCUGUCGGCUGUGGCCGGCUUCAUUAAGGUGCGUUACGUGGUGGACAAGGCCAACAUCGACAACGCAGUGUUCAGAGCGCAUUACAGGCUCACCACGGCAAUACUCUUUGGAUGUUGUAUACUGGUCACUGCUAACAAUCUAAUAGGUGAUCCUAUAUCUUGUAUAACUGAUGGUGCUAUCCCAGAACAUGUUAUUAACACAUUUUGUUGGAUUACCCAUACUUUUACGCUGCCAGAUAAAAUUGGUAAAGGUCUUGGUACACAUGUUGCUCAUCCUGGUGUAUCAGAUUAUAUAGAUGGUACAGAUCAAGUACGCUACCAUGCUUAUUAUCAAUGGGUGCCAUUUAUGCUAUUUUUCCAAGGCAUUCUGUUCUAUGUGCCCCACUGGUUAUGGAAAAAUUGGGAAGAAGGCAAAAUUCGCAUGAUCACUGAUGGUGUACGUGGUGCUUCUAUUGGACAAAAUGACGACAGACUAAGUCGUCAAAAACAAUUAGUUCAAUACCUUAUUGAUACAUUACAUAUGCACAAUGUUUAUGCUUCAGGAUAUUUCUUAUGUGAAGUAUUCAAUUUUCUUAAUGUAAUUGGAAAUAUGUUCCUCAUUGACAGUUUCUUGGGAGGAGAAUUUUUUUCGUACGGUACUAAAGUUUUAGAACUCAGUCAAAUGGAUCAAGAAAACCGAAUUGAUCCAAUGGUAGCUGUUUUCCCAAGAGUAACUAAAUGCACAUUCCACAAGUAUGGUCCAUCUGGAUCAAUGCAAACACAUGAUGCACUCUGUGUAUUGGCAUUGAAUAUCUUGAAUGAAAAAAUCUACAUAUUUUUAUGGUUUUGGUUCAUUAUAUUGGCUGUCAUAUCUGGAAUGGCAUUGGCAUAUAGUAUCGCUGUUGUAACAUUACCCUCAAUUAGAGAAACAAUUUUAUUACGCCGUUUUAAAUUUGGUACACCACAAUCAGUGUCAGCACUUAUCAGGAAAACACAGGUUGGAGAUUUCUUAUUAUUACAUCUUUUGGGUCAAAAUAUGAAUAUGGGACAGUUUACCGAAGUAUUAGAUGAUCUCAGUUCACGAUUACAUUUGGGAAAUAAUUUACCAACUGCUCCUUCAACACUGGAAUUAUCACCAAUGUAUCCUUUGGAUAAAUUGAGACUUCACAAAGAAACUGAGGCUUAGACUUGAACAACAAAAAAAAAUCAAUCAAUGUCUAUAGUUUUUUUUAUCUAAUAAGAAAAACAUCUGGAGUUGAAAAUAUUUAAUCUCAAACUGUGUUCAAUACUUAGAAAAACAUUCCAUAUACACAACCUUUGAACAUUAAGUAAUUUAUGUGUUAUUCAAAUAUUAGUUCUAAGACCAAAUUUUUUCAACUUCAUCCUUUAUUUUGAUACAGUUUUUUACAUCUUCCAUGUUAAACAAUUGGUAACCUAACUAUUCCUACAUAUAAAUAAAUUUAUCGUGUUCUUUUAUAUUUAAAUGAUUGACUAGCAGUCAUGUUAUGCAUCUUGGCGCUAAUUAGUAUAAACAAUUAUUUUAAUUAUAUUUAAUAAGUUAUUUUGAUUUUAAAUUGGAAGUUUAACUUCUAUUAAAGUUGUAAUUAAUUGUGAUAAGAUAUUGUGAACUGUAAAUUUUAAAACUAUUUUAGUUGAUUUAUUUUAACAAAAAAUUGUAUAAAAAGUCUCCUUAUAUUGGUAUCGAUGAUUUGAUUUUAAUUGUUAAAUUUAAAGGACUAAUAAUGUAUUCAAUAAUAAUUUUAAAUAUUAAAUAAAUGAACUUUAUAAUUAUAUAUUAUACAUAAACUAUGAAUUAUUUAAUGAUUAUAUGCAUUAAUCAAUUUUAUUUUUAAUGUUAUAUUAUACUAACUAAAAAUGUAUUA